CCUACGGAUGCUUAUUUUCAAGUUCUGUGACCCUACUCGGCUCGGGCAAAUUCGGUUGGCACUGUUAGCCAUGUCUGCUGUCUGUCUCACCCGGGUGGCACCUUCCUACUGCAGUGGCAGAGGGUCGUUGCAUGAACAAGCGGAAGGCACGAUGGGCAAGAAUACCACUGCCCUGUGUAGCGGAAGAUGGUAUUCGGUUCAAGUUCCUGACCGGUAACACAACUAAAUAAUGGUUUCCCCUUACUGUCACAACCUUGAAGCGGUCCGCUUCCCGCUUGAUGUCUUCGUUGUCAGCCUGAUUCCAACUCGCUAAGAUCAUACGUUGACCCCAGCACAAUUUCUUCCUUCCCCGCUUGCCUAUCUUUAGCUGCUCCUUCAGUCAGAGAAGCAGCCGCGAAACCUAAUGCCUCCGAAGAGGAAAAGUCAAGACACUGUGUCUCCGGACCGUCCAUCCAAGUCCCGCGCUCGCCCAAGCCGUGCAUCGAAGACCUCGCCUAACACGGAUGGCAACGAUAGCGAGGCUCUCCCCACAAGACCAGCCAAGAAAGGUCGUGGAACCGCCUUGCGAACCACGAGGCAGGAUGAUGACCGAGAUGAUGACUUCGGAGAUUCCGCGCGCUCGAAGCCAACGACCAUAGAGCAGCACUUGAUGGAUCAGAACAAGAAAUCCAAAGAGUUUAUUCAACAUUUCAAAGAGCAGGUCACGCAAGGGCGAGAGACAUUCCAGGAAACCGUGGCAAGGCUCAAGCAAGACCUCCUCAAGCCGCGCGACGACGACGACGACUGCCUCGCAGGUAUCCACGCCGCCCUACGUGCCAGCACCCAGCCCUUCUCUGCAAAGGACCACCCGCUCUUUGAGCAAACGCAACAACUCCUCCGCCUCAGUCAUGCGAUAUUGAAGUGUCAUCAGACAGUAGAGAAGGAAUCUCGUACCGCAGACUUGACUUCACCUCGAGAGACAUGGAAGCAGGAUAAAGAGGGCAUGAGGAAGUUACUGGAGUACGGAAAAGUCUAUGGGGAGAAGGUCGUGGAAGGGUGGAUAACGCCCACGACGCCUCAGAACGGAGAGCAGGAUCCCGAUGAUGAUGAUAAUGAGGCCGAUGAUGGGGAGGACAGCGGCGAGGAUAGAGAAGGGAUGACUGAGGCGGAGAAUCUGGCCAAGGGGCUGUUCGAGUGGCGGAGGAAGGGGAGGGGCCUGUUGAAGGCCGGAGAAGGUUGGGGUGUGGCGGCAAGGAGACAGAUGGUUGCGCUUGCUGGCGUGGUAAGGACUUUGCAGCCCCAGGAAAGCGAGUGAAAGUGUGGUGUGGGCUACCCUCAGAUUGCUUGUCUCUACCCGUGAUAUGGUUGCUAUUUGGAAGUUAUUAGGGGACAGCUUGGGCGGUAGUCAUGGUCGACGACUCGACGGAGUCCCCGUAGUUCAUUUGCUUGGGAUGCCGGCUACGAAAUGGGCUUGGCUAAGAACGCGAGAGCGGAUGUGCUGAAAGCGACUUGUUGAAUCUCAGUGUCCUCCG